AUGCCGCUGCGGCUCCAGCCCCGGGGUGCGGGGACAAAGAGCGCCGCGGCGUCCGCCGCCCCUCCGGCCGCCUCCUCGUCGUCCUCCCCAGCGCUGACGGCGGAGGCGACAGCGGCAUCGCCUUCGUCCCAUGCCUGCUCCACCCCACCGUCGCCGCACCCCGCCCCUCGCGACCCGGCCGCGGAGCCGAAGCCGCUGCUGCGCUGGGACGAGGUGCCCGACGAUUUCGUGGAGUGCUUCAUCCUGUCGGGCUACCGUCGGCUGCCGUGCACCGCGCAGGAAUGCGUCGCGUCGGUGCUCAAGCCCACCAACGAGACGCUCAACUUCUGGACGCACUUUAUCCCGCUGCUGCUGUUCCUGAACAAGUUCUGCCGCCUCUUCUUCCUGAGCGGCCGCGAUGACCUGCCCUUCCACCACCCGUGGCUGCUGCCGCUCUGGUGCUAUGCGUCGGGGGUGCUGCUGACCUUCGCUAUGAGCUGCACGGCCCAUGUGUUCAGCUGCCUGUCCCUACGCCUGCGUGCCGCCUUCUUCUACCUGGACUACGCCUCCAUCAGCUACUACGGCUUCGGCAGCACCGUGGCCUACUACUACUACCUGCUGCCGGGGCUCAGCCUGCUCGACGCCAGCGUCAUGACCCCCUACCUGCAGCAGCGGCUGGGCUGGCACGUGGACUGCACGCGGCUCAUCGCGGCCUACCGCGCGCUUGUGCUGCCCGUGGCCUUCGUGCUGGCCGUGGCGUGCACCGUGGCGUGCUGCAAGAGCCGCAGCGACUGGUGCACGUACCCGUUCGCGCUGCGCACCUUCGUGUUUGUCAUGCCGCUGAGCAUGGCCUGCCCCAUCAUGCUGGAGAGCUGGCUCUUCGACUUGCGCGGGGAGAACCCCACGCUCUUCGUGCACUUCUACCGCCGCUACUUCUGGCUGGUGGUGGCCGCCUUCUUCAACGUGAGCAAGAUCCCUGAGCGCAUCCAGCCGGGCCUCUUCGACAUCAUCGGCCACAGCCACCAGCUCUUCCACAUCUUCACCUUCUUGAGCAUUUACGACCAGAUGCACUACGUCGAGGAGGGGCUGCGGCAGUUCCUCGAGGCGCCGCCCUCCUCGCCCACCUUCUUGGGCACGGUGGGCUACAUGAUCCUCUUGGUGGUCUGCCUGGGCUUGGUCAUCAGGAAGUUCCUCAACGUGUCCGACCUCUGCAAGGAGGACUGAGGCGGAGAGAGACAAGAGAAAAAGAAAAAAGAGAGACGACUGCUCCACCCGGCAGGUGGUCGGGCCAACCCUCCUGGCCCUGGGUUGGGAGUUUUGGUUUGGGGCUUCUUGGUUCUUGCCAUAAGCUGCCAUUGAAAGAAAAAGUCAAUCUUCGUGGGGAAUUUGGAAAAAAAAACCGGGGAUAGAUUCUUACUGAAAUUAGAAAGCUGCUUAAUAAAGAGAACCAGCAUUUGGGCUUCAGACACUGGCCAGAAGCGGCUGGUACUACAGAAGGAAGAGCCAUGAGCAUUUUUGCCUGGAUUUUUAAGUUUGUACCCAGAAAAUCAUGUUGCUGCCUAGAUGAACACGCAGGGGUCCUCACUGAAGCACUGUCCCACCACAGUCCACUUCCCCACUGCUCCCCAGUUUGUCUUCUACUUGUUGUGACCAGAUUUUAUUUUUUGAAUCUCUGAGCAAAGUGGGAAAUUCAGGGUGCUUAUUUUACCAGUGGACAGCCAAGAGAGCUCACUGAGCUACAAGUAGUGGCACUAUCUGAACUUUGGAUACCAGGAUUCUGGGUGCUCUGAUUUCCAUGUUUGCAGCAGAUACCAAUAGACGAGCACAUGCAGACCAUAAUCACUCAUUUCUAUUUACUCUCUGGUUUAAAUGGAAGAGACAGUGGUUUAUUUUGGUUUGUAGAACUGCUUUAUCUGAUGUGUUAUAAUAUAUCCUCUUCUUUGCAAUGCAUGAGCCCCCACUGCUGUAUGUUUUUGUAUAAUUUCUCUAAGCCAUUCCAGGCAUGGCAUUUCUCAAGGAUACUUAGAUUUCUCGAAUGUGUAAAAACACCAAGCCGAUUUCUUCAUGCCUUAUAGCACCACUCAACACAUGCAAUAACCACACAAGUAGGUGCAUGUUGUGUCUUACGGAUUACUUUAACAAUGUUAUUCAGAAUGUCCUGCUAUUAGUGGUAUAUUAUUGAGAGAUGGAUGACCACUACUGUAAAUAAACUUGUUUCUAUAGGACAUAUAAUAUCCAUUUCUCUUUGCAGUUCCCACCUCUUCAUAGAAAGAGUAAUGUUUUUAAUCAGCUAAAUGCAAAAAAAAAAAUCAAUGA